AUGAGCGGCAAAAUCAACUUCCCACAGGAUGGCUUCGAGGAAUUCGAGAAAAUUCUUGGGCUUCGAACCAACACUCCUCGAGACAUUGUAUUGCUUUCGCUCGAUUUAGAAGUCAAGAAGUAUAUUCCAAAGAACAAUAUUCAGAACGAAAUCACAGAAAUUGGAAUCUCAAUGUUUGACACUCGAUGUCUGACGAAACGCGAAACCAUUCACUUAAAGACACGGCAUUUUAUCAUUGGUGGGCAGAGAAGGUUUUACCACGUCAGCAGUAAAUUUUGUUUUGGCAUUUCGGAGCAUUUGGUUGGUCAGGAGCAUGUCAAUGAUGCUAUCCUCGAUCUUCUCCAUAUUCCUGAUGACAAGAAGCCCGGAGCAUACCGUGACGUGAUUCUCGUUGGCCACGGUCUUCGGACUGAUCUUCUUGUCCUUCGUAGGAGAGGGGUAAUGUUCGAGAACAUCAGAAGUAUUGUUGGGCUACUCGAUACUACAUAUAUUGCCAGAGAUCUUCUAGGAAUGAACUUUCGACUUGAGGGUCUGCUGAAAUUUCUACUCUGUCCUGUCGAAAACUUUCAUCUGGCCGGAAAUGAUGCGAAUUACGCCCUUCGAGCGCUACUGAUGUUGGCGUACCAUGAUCUCCGCUCUGGCUACUCAUCACCCGAAGCUUUGCGCACCUUGACAAGCCUCAGAAGUCUAGGCCUGGAGCCACUUCCUGAUAUCACUGAGAGAAAUGCUCGCUUGAGGAUUCUGAAACCUCGAUGCGAAUAUUUCGAUAUAGAUGGAAUUGACGAGGAAGGAAUAUUUGGUAUCCUGGAACAAGGUCGAUGUCCACGAUGA